AUGGGGAGAUUAGUCGGGUUAGAACUAUACAAUUUUAAAUCUUACCGUGGUACUGUCAGGGUUGGAUUUGGUGAUUCCAAUUUUAUCAGUAUCAUUGGUCCCAAUGGGUCUGGUAAAUCCAACAUGAUGGAUGCGAUUUCGUUUGUGCUAGGUGUCAAGAGCAGCCAUUUAAGAUCACAGAUUCUGAAGGAUUUGAUCUAUAGAGGUGUAGAAGGUGAGGAAGAUGAGGAAGAUGGGGAGGGUCGAACCGCCUACGUGAAGGCAUUCUACUUAAAAAGCGAUUCCACAGUAGAGCUAUCCAGAAGUAUAUCAAGAAAUGGUGACACUCAGUAUAAAAUGAAUGGCAAAAAUUGUGGAUACAAACAGUAUGCUGAAUUUUUAGAAGAAGAAAAUAUCUUAAUCAAAGCCCAAAAUUUUCUUGUGUUUCAAGGUGACGUGGUGCAGAUUGCUUCACAAUCUGCUACUGAUUUGACCAAAUUAUUUGAAGAAAUUUCAGGUUCCAUUCAAUAUAAAAAGGAGUAUGAUUCCUUAAAGGGGAAGGUGGAUUCUUUGAACCAGUCGGCAGCGGAAUCUAUUAAGAAUAGAAGAAGAAUCCAUGGUGAGUUGAAAUCUUAUAGAGAAGGUAUUGAUAAAAACCAAGAGUUCUACCACCAAGUUGAAAAAAGGAAAGAAUUACAAAGGCAUUAUGCAUUAUGGCAACUGUACCAUUUGGAGACUCAAAGACAUGAAUUGGAAGAUAAAUUGGCAAAUUUGAAGAACAGUAUAAAGACCAUCAGAGGUAAAGAAACAUCACAGGAGCAAAUCUUACAGAGAUCAAGAGCUUCUUUUGCCAGGGAAAGCGCUAGCAUUUUAAAGCAGAGAAGUAAGAUGGAAUCUAAAUCCAGGGAGAAGGAAAAGAUCAAUCAACAGUUAUUACCGAUAAAAUUAUCUCAAAGGUCAGCGGCCAAACGUAUAGCGAACGUACAAAAGAGAAUUAGUUCUUUGCAGAGGGAUAUCGAUAGACAACGUGAAUACGUGGAGAGGUUUGAGAACCAAUUGAACGUGGUUACAAAGGCCAAAUCUGAUUUUGAAAAAGAGAUUAAAGAAUCUUCCAAAGAUCAUGACAAGUACAAACUGAAUGAGGAUGAUACAAAGCUAUAUGCCUCUUUAAAUGAAAAAUACUUGAACCAAGGUGGUUUUUCACUAGAGUCUCAAAAGCAGUUGACGUUAAACGAUAAACAAGAAUUGAUGGAUGAGAUGGAGACUUUGAAGAAAAGAAAUGAUAUCUCCAGAUCAAGAGUAACUGAUGAAUUGUCAGUAAUCGCUGAGAAACUUGAGUCACAACUUUCAGAAAUUUCCUCGACACUUAACGAAAGGAAUUCCACACAUAGUGAUAAAGUUAAAGAGUUACAAAAAUUACAUUCGCAAAUAGAAUCUUCUAGCAACAAAGAAUACGACUUGAAUUACAAGUUGAGGGAAGUGUUGGUGAAAAUUGAAGAAUUAAGCGCUAGUCAAAGAGAAACCGUUAAGGAAAGGAAAUUGAGAGAAAAUAUUGCAACAUUAAAAAGAUUUUUCCCUGGUGUUAGAGGAUUAGUAUGUGAUCUAUGCCAACCAAAGAAAGACAAAUAUGCAUUAGCCAUUUCGACCAUAUUGGGUAAAAAUUUCGAUUCCGUGAUAGUGGACAAUGUCAUGGUGGCACAAGAAUGCAUUGCUUACUUGAAAAAACAACGUGCUGGUAUUGCAUCUUUCAUUCCAUUAGACACUAUUGAUGUGGAGAUCCCUACUUUAACACUCUCUGAUUCUCAAGGUUGUACUUUGGCGAUUAAUGCCAUUGAUUAUGAGCAAGAAUACGAAAGGGCACUACAAUACGUUUGUUCUGAUUCCAUUAUUUGUGACGAUAUGAAUAUCGCCAAGGAUUUGAAAUGGAACAAAGGAGUUAGAUCAAAAUUAGUUACUUUAGAAGGUGCACUUAUCCACAAAGCAGGUCUUAUGACUGGUGGUAUAUCGAAGAACACUAGUAAUCGUUGGGAUAAAGAAGAAUAUCAGAGCUUAAUGACGUUAAAGGAUAAACUUUUGCAACAGGUAGAAGAAGCAGCUCUCGAAGGUAAGAAUGCUUCUUUAAUGGCUAGAGAAUUAGAGAGUACACUUUCGUUACUCAAUACCGAAAUUUCAGAAUUAAGAACACAGUUAACGCUCACACAGAGAACUUUGAAAGAAAACACAGUGGAAAGAGAUUAUCAUGAAAAGCUGAUUAAAGAAGAAUAUGAACCUGAAUUACUGAAUUUGGAGGAAAGAAUACAAAAUUUCAAUUUCGCCUUACAAGAAUUGGAUUCCCAAAAGGAAAAACUGCAGAAUGAAAUCUUUGAAGAAUUUACUAAUCGUGUCGGAUUCACUGUUAAGGACUAUGAAAGUCAUUCAGGUGAAAUAAUGAGGCAACAAUCCAAAGAGUUGCAGCAACUGCAAAGGCAGAUCCUAAAUGUGGAAAAUAAAUUACAGUUCGAAAAAGAUAGACUAAGUACCACUGAAAGAAGAUUUGGGAAAGCACAUGAGGAUAUGGCUAAAAUCGAAUUUGAACUAACUCAAUUGGAACGUCAAGAAAAAGAAACAGAGUCACGUAUAAAUCAAAUCGACCAAGAACUAGCAGAUCAAAAGAAAGAAUUAGAACAAUUCCAGAAAAAAUUAGACGCCAAGCAUGGCGAUAUAGAUUCCACAGAGGAUGCUCUUCACGAAGUGACUGCCAAUUUGCAAGCAUUAAAACGCCAUAAGGAUGAACUUAAGGAAGAUGUGGAGAAGGUGGAUAUGGAAAAAGUAUGUGUUCUGAAAAAUUGUAAAUUGUCCAAUAUUACUAUACCCGUACUUUCAGACACAGACUUGGAUCAAUUACCAAUUGAUAGAAUUGAUGAAGAAACUAUUGCAAUUGCCCAUGAAAUUGAAAUUGAUUUCCAUGAAUUACCUGCUAAAUACAAAGAAAGUGGUGCAGAAACCAUUAGGGAAGAUUUUGAAAAAUCCAUCAAGCAUGCAGAAGAUAUCUUAAAUGAUUUACAACCAAAUGCCAAAGCUAAUGAAAGGUUCAGCGAGGCUCAGAAUAAGUUUGAAGCCAUAGACUACGAGACUGAAGAAUUAAAAUCGGAGGAAAAGAGAGUUAUUGCACAAUUUCUCAAGAUCAAGAAGAAGAGAAAGGCCCUAUUUGAACGUGCAUUUGAAUACGCUAGUGAACACAUUGACCCUAUCUACAGAGAAUUGACGAAAAACCCAGGUUCUACCAACGAGCUAGCAGGCGGUAGUGCUUCACUAACGUUAGAAGAUGAAGACGAACCGUUCAACGCCGGAAUAAGAUAUCAUGCAACACCACCUUUUAAAAGAUUCAAAGAUAUGGAAUAUUUAUCCGGUGGUGAGAAAACAGUCGCUGCUCUAGCAUUGUUAUUUACCAUAAAUUCAUUCCAACCAAGUCCCUUCUUCGUACUAGACGAAGUAGAUGCCGCUUUAGACAGUACUAACGUCGACAGAAUUGCAGCAUACAUUAGCAGACAUGGCAAUCGAGACUUACAAUUCAUUGUCAUCUCUCUGAAGAACACCAUGUUUGAAAAAUCUGACGCACUUGUUGGGGUAUACAGACAGCAGCAAGAGAACUCAUCAAAGAUCGUCACACUAAAUCUUAAGAACUAUGCAAGCUGA